AUGCGCUUCAUACUGUCUCUACUAUUACUCCUUUUCCCCCUUACAACCGCCAAAUUUAGCCCGACGUGCAUCAAAGUCGUCACAGCGCUUGCCGCAAGGCCCAACGAUCUAUUCAACAAAUUCCAGCGCGAAAUCUGCGAUCAAGGAUGCCAGCCAACAGUGCCCCAUUGGGACCUUUGGACUCGCAAUAAUACCUUCGUCCCCGCCGUUCGCAGCGUGAUGCAGACCCUGAAUGCCCCGAAGCAGGAGGAAGCAAUGCUGAAACUCGGCGACGAGGCCGCCGAUAUCAUCAAGCGGCAGUGUGGGCCAAAACUCGAGGGACGCGACAUCUGCGCCGACUCUCACAUUCUGGCAGCGUUUGGGAACUGUUUCAAGAAGAACUUUGUCAAGACUGCCAUUGUCAAUCUCCCGAAGCUGCUCCCAAUGGCCUCGGAGCCGGUUUGUCGCAAACAGCUCGAGUACCUGGAAUCGGACGAACUCUGGGAUGAGAUCAUCCCAAACAAUAUGAGGGAGUACGCCAAAGUCUGCAGGCAGUUGGCAUACCAGCCGGUGAUGGACGAGAUGUAUACAUUUUGA